CUAUACAUAUCUGUUCUGGCUCCCUGUCUGAUGCAAGGUUCUUUCUCUGUCUUCAUAGGUUCCAGUGCUGAUUCGCAUUCUCUCAAAUCUUCACACUCGUAUAAUUCCAUCUCUUCUGUUGCAAGAGUGCACUGCACGCCAUGCGCUCCCAAUCGAUCACUUUGCUAGCAGCCCUCUUCGGUGCAGCAGGUGCUAUUCCAUGUUACGAAAUGGAAUCGCCCGAGUAUGGCUCCCGGGGACUCGGUGGGCUUGAUCCAUUCGGCGCUCAGCCAGUCGGUAAAAGUUGGGAUGUUGUGGACGCCAGAGAUUGUUAUGCUCGCUGGCAGCCGUUCAGACCAGGUCAGACCUUCAAUGAUGCCAAGGUCACCAAAACAGUGUUCGAAGCGACUGCAGAGCAAGUACGUUCCGCAAUCAACAACUAUUACAACCCCGAUUUUCAGCUCUGGCUCCCGCUGCGGACAAAAGGCCUCCAAUAUUCUCAUAUGUUGCCCAGUGUUCUGCAGGGAAACGAUCAAGAGGUUUGGCCCCAAAGGAGUUUGAGCGAUUGGUGGCGUGUCACGGUAUCCAUCAUCCUCCCCAGUGGCAAAGCAAAGCUUCAAGAGGUGAAUACGCCUUCUACAGGGGACUACGCAACCGAGAUAAACAUGAGACAAGCAGGAAGUGUGGGCAUUACCGGGCUCAAGGGUACGAUAGAUACAAGCGAUUGGGCCUACACCACAGGGACUGAGCUUCGGAUGGCCAUGUUUAUGAUCUACGAAAAACAGAAAACGGCCUUCCGCAAUAAUGUCCCAUGGGUGACUCAGCCGGAAUUUGCUUACGCACUAGCGGAAAAGGCCAAUGGCGACUGUGUUGUCCUCGACUUCCGCAACUUCGACGAAUUCGUUCUCCAUGUCGAGCUACAAAAGAGCUUCCUCAGUGCGUUCUGUAAGAACGACGAUUAUGCAGGCUGGACACAAGGCAAGAAGCCAGCAGUCGAGCUUGCGAUCCGGAAGACACCUUCCAAGCACGACACCAUCGAUGCAGCCUCCGGUCGCGCUUUUCAAUUCCGCUCUGAGGGCGAAUGGCCUUUGGCAAGGACUAUCUAUACCAAGUACUACCUGACACCCGACCUUGCUUUUACGCCAGACGAGCCAAGCUGCUCAUUCCACAAGCGUCUGUCUUACCCGGCAUUGACUGUACCUGAUGACAACUCGUAUAUUCGGUUCAUAACCGGCGCCUACGAGACCAAUGUGGAGAUCACUGGUCAUAUUGUUGCUCAUGUCAAUGUGUCAGUCACGCCUGAAUUGACUGGAGGCUCGCCCAAAGAUAUUGAUAUCUUUGUCACCAUUCGCCACUGGGGAGCAGACGGGUCCGAAGUCUUCUACACGGGCUCAAUUGGCGACCCGGUCCCCGUGAGCAAAGGCUGGCAACGCGUGAGCUUGCGCAAAGUGAACAAAGAGCACCCGAACCACCGAGAGUACAGACCUUGGCGCGAUUACUUCUCUACGGAUGUGCAGCCCGUGGUCCCAGGUGAAAUCUACGGUCUAGAUGUUGAAGUGUGGCCUACUCAGAUCGUUUUGCAGAAAGGAGAGAAACUAUCUUUUGAGAUCAGUGGAGGUGAUACCCAGGGUGUUGGUAUCUUCAGCCACGAAUCACCUGAAAGAUCACCUGAACGCUUCGGAGGCAUCAACCACCUCCAUUUCGGUCCCAGAUACAGCAACUAUGUAGUGCUUCCUGUCAUCCCAGCCGAGACAUCCUGA